GAUCCAGGAAGACCGGCUGCGCGGGUAAUUUCGAGCUCGGCGGGCGGGAGAAAUAAAGGUUUGGCAGCGAGUGCUGGACGUUAUGUCUCUCCGGGUGGCUGAACUGCGGUGGCCUGAGCACCUUCUCCCGCUGAAAGAAGUUGAUAACUUGUUGCGUUGUGGGAUAUGCUUUGAUUACUUCAACACUGCAAUGAUAAUUCCUCAGUGUUCACAUAAUUAUUGUUCUCUCUGUAUUCGCAAGUCGCUGUCCUAUAAAGCUCAGUGUCCUACAUGCUGUGUGGCAGCCACAGGACCUGACUUGAAAAAUAACCGGAUAUUAGAUGACCUGGUACAGAACUUUAUUUCUGCAAGACAACGGCUGUUCCAGGCAGUUCUGGAUUCUCCAAUUUCUUCUGCAUCUCUGUUACCCAAAAAAGCUCCUCUCCAAGGCCACAUUUUGAGUUCCUCAGAUGGAUUAGCCUUAGAACAGGAAAAGCAAUUUGCGGAUAUCCUUCCAGUAAAGGAAAAUAUUCAAACACAUAGAAGACGUUUACAAUCACCUGACAGGGAAAAAAAGGUUAAAAUAAAGCAAGAAGAAGACCCUCGUAGUCCAGAAGAAGGUUGUGAGGCAUUAGACAAAGAAGCGACAAAUAUAAGACCAGACAAACAUAACACCAGAAAUUCUGAAAUGCCUUCCACAUCUGCAACAAGAUUUGUCACAAAGGUCGAGUGUCCUGUCUGUGGGGUUCCUAUUCAAGAACUACAUAUAAAUAAACACCUUGAUGGUUGCCUGGCAAGAGAUCAGAAGAAGGACAGUCUCCGAAGCUCUGGACAAAAAAGAAAGUUACUGCCUAAAGUAGUCUACAAUUUACUCUCUGACCGUGACCUGAGGAGAAGACUGAAAGAAUAUGGAUUGUCCACCCAGGGAACAAAACAACAGCUUAUUAAAAGACAUCAAGAAUUCGUGCACAUGUAUAAUUCUCAGUGUGAUUCUUUAAAUCCUAAAUCAGUUGGUGAAAUAGUAAGAGAACUGGAAAAUAUUGAAAAGGCUCAAGCACAACUUGAUUCCAGUAAGCGCAAAGAAGAUAGCAUGACAUUUACAAAGCACCAGACAGAGAAUGAAAUAGAUGAAAUUCAUAGAGAUUAUCGAAAGAAACACAAAGCUGAAUUUCAGCUUUUAAUUGACCAAAUGAAAAAACGAAAGAAAAAUGAAAGUAAACAACCAAUAAAGGAAGAAAGACUGGAGCAGAAAGAAGCAACUACUGAAAAAGUACCUAAAGAAAUUGGAGAAAUACUAAGUGUCGAAGAGCAAAGCAACUGGGCCUCUGUCAGCGAUCAGUCCCCAGAAACAGAAGCUCUAGCCUUGGAAGCAAGCCACUCUCUUGUUGCCACCUUUCAGUCCUCUGCAUCCUCAGACAGCUCAAGUUCAGACAUCAUAAGAGAUUUAGAAAUUGCUGGGAUGUGUUCAAGCUCAUCAGAUAAAAACACGAAUAUGAAAAUGACCAAGCAAAAAUCACAACAUUCUAGAAGCAGGUCACUAAUAUCCAAGCGUAAACGAAGAAGAAAAUAGCAGCCAUUUCAGACACUGUAUUUUGUUACAAAAAUUUCUAAAAUGCUGAAGUUUUAGAAGCAUAUAUCUGGACUCAAGUUCCAUUCCCAGCAAUGAACUUCACUUCAAAAUGAAUGUAUCUUUACUAUUAACAGCUGUAUAUCUGAGUGGCAUGAAAAGAGUGUAAGCAGCAAUUCAGCUUUUAGAAUAUAUGCUGUUUUUCUAGAUCAGAGUUAAAGGACUCUCUCUUCUGCUAUGCCAAGCAUUCAAGUCUUGCUUGAAUCAAAAUCAAUUAAUAUGUAUAGUUGCUUUUGACUGCUUGUAAAAUUUCAACUAAGUUUUGGACCAAUUCUUCAUUUAGCCAGAUGUCACUUUGCAGCUAAUAUUCAUUAUCAAAUUUACUUAGAUAUUGCAUGUAUAUGUUAAACAAUCCCCUGUGGAUAUGCUUUCAGUAUCAAUACAUGGAGAUACUUCCCGACCAAUUUUUUCCAACUUUUUAAAUUAAUUUUCAUGUUUAGAAGAUGAUCACUAUGACCAAUUAAUAAAAUCAAAAGCCUAUGUGAAAUAUUUUGGUUUUGUUUUAUCAGAUUACAGAGUAUUUUACAUUCUCUAACAUAAGAGCCCUUUCCUGGUUCUCUUUCUUAAUGUAAUAUAUUCCUGCAAUGUACUGUAUAAAAUGCUAUAAACGCCAGCCCUGCUGCUUUGAAUUUUAAUUCUUUUUUUUUUUAAGUUGCUGCUUUAUUUUGUUUCAGUUGUUUUAUUGCUUCUCAUGGAUUUCUCCUCAGAUAUUUAAGACAGGUUUUUCCAAUUCUGGAUAUUUCUGCAAUGUGUGUGAUUUUGCUGAACUCCAUCUGGUGCAGAUCAAGGAGUGUGUCCCAAAGGAAGGUCUGUGCACAGUUGAUUUUUUGCAGACUUAUAAAAACUACCCAAAAAUUGUUUUGACUCUAGGUUCUAAGUUUCAUGAGAGUAAUAGAAAUAAAUGGGGUGGGGCUAUGUAAGUUUUGAAAUAAAAAACUUCUCACUAGCAAA